AUGAAAAAUUCAUUUUGGCCAAUAUUUGUAGCUAUUUCUAUGUUUCUUGUGAAAAUUGAAAAUGCCGAUUGCAGAACUCAAACAGGAAUUUGUUCUUAUUACACUGGUGGUGGUACAACAGCAAGUGGAGAACCAUACAAUGAAAAUGGAAUGACUGGAGCUCAUAAAGAAUUACCAUUCAACACUAAAGUCAGAGUUCAAUACAAUGGAAAAAGUGUUACUAUUAGAAUAAAUGAUCGUGGACCAUUUGUUACUGGAAGAAUAUUGGAUCUUUCACGUGGUGCUGCUGCUCAUCUUGGUAUUUUACAAAAAGGACUUAUCAAUCCUUGCACAAUUGAAAUUUUAGAUGGUAGUUCUAAUCGUCCUGGUAAUAAUCAAGGAAAAAAUCAUGGAAAAGUCGGUGGAUGUAAGGCACUUUGGGAUAAUACUUGUGUUAAAAAUCCUGAUUGUUGCUCUGGUAAAUGUGAUAGAAAAGCUCACUGGAAAACUGGAGUUUGUAAAAAUUAA